AUGUCUGCAUCCAAAGAAUUUAGACUUGUUGUGGUAGGUCCACCGGUUGUAGGUAAAUCUGCGUUGACCAUUAGGCUCACGCAAAGCGAUUUUGCCAAUGAAUACGACCCCACCAUUGAAGACUCCUAUAGAUACUAUUGCACAAUUGAUGAUAUUCCAGCCUCGCUUGAUAUACUAGAUACAGCAGGACAGGAAGAAUACUCGUCAAUGAGAGAUUUAUAUAUGAAGACCGGUGAAGGGUUUUUACUGGUUUUUUCAUUGACAGACAGACAAACCUUUGAAGAAAUUUCCACUUUCUACAAUCAAAUUCUGAGAGUUAAGGGGGAAACUGUGGAGUUUGUUCCUAUGAUGCUAGUUGGUAACAAGAACGAUUUGGUGGAGGAAAGACAAGUGUCACGUGAAGAAGCUGUUCAACUUGCAAAGAAGUUUGAUUGUGCAUACAUUGAAACAUCUGCCAAGACAGGUGAUAACGUUGUGGAGGCAUUCCAUGGUGUUGUUAAGAUGGUUAUGCGUGGUGGUCUUUUAGGCGUUGGUUUGGAGAAAACCCUGUAUCCUUCUGAAGAAGAGGAAAUACAAGCAAAAGAACAACUAAGGGCAAAGCAACAGGAGUCCUCAAAUAAGAGUCACUCCGUUCAAGAGAUUCAUCAAGACGAAAAUCAAGGCACUUCAACCCAAAAUCCAUCAAAUAUAAAUAAUUCUCAGAAAGAGUACUCCAAUAAAGCCAGCUCAAACCCUCCAAGGAAUGUUCAAGCAGAUUCCAACGGCACUGGUACUGGUACUGGUGCAAAAAGUGGCGGUGAAGGUGGCUGUUGCGUUAUUAUGUAA